AGUGAACUAUUCGCGGCAGAAAUGUCAGAGGUAUUUGACCAUCCUCCUGCAUCUGUCUGAUAAUUUUCCUUGUGUGGUGCUGGGGUUGAAAUGUGAGCGUCACGGCGCUCACUCCUCCUCCUCCUCCUCCUCUCCUGUGUCUCUGCUGGAGUGAAGUCCCUCUGAGCGGCUCUCAAACUUCAGUGUGGAGCCUGAAAGCGGAGGAAGAGGAGCCUCUGGAGCCGAUAAAAAGCGAGACGAACAGCCGACCUCCCGUCUGGUUUCUCCCGGUCGAACCGAGGAUUAACUUCCCGCAUUUUAUUCUUCUGGUUUCCGCUCAGCUGAUUACCGAAGUUUCCCGGUAAUCCCUGUGGUUACGAUCCUGUUUCUCAGCUUUCUCUUGGAUUAAUCGGGUUUAUUUACGGACUUCAUGAUCUAGCGUUAAGAGACCCUGUGUGCUGCAGUUUCCACCCCCUUGUUUUUUUUUUUUCUUUCUUUUUCGGAGGGAUUUUUCCAGUUAUAUGUUGAAAUAAGGGGGACCACUCCGUCUCUCUUUGACAUUUUCAUGCGUAUUCCUAAAGGACACAGACUUGUUAUUUUUCCUAGUUGAAAAUAAUCAGCAUGGAUGGUUGUCCGCUGCAGGUGGCGCUUGCCUUAUGUCUGCUGGUGAUUUCCAGCUCCAGCUUUGAGAUUGGCUCGUACGACCUGGACCGGGACAGACCGGCUAAGUGCGAGCCCAUCGUGAUCCCCAUGUGCCAGGGAAUCGGCUACAACCUCACCCGGAUGCCCAACUUCAUGCAGCACGACGACCAGGAGGAGGCUGCCAUCAAGCUGCUGGAGUUCGCCCCCCUGGUGAAAUACGGCUGCGACGUGCACCUCCGCUUCUUUCUCUGCUCCCUCUACGCCCCCAUGUGCACCGACAAAGUGUCGACCUCCAUCCCCGCCUGCAGGCCCAUGUGCGAGCAGGCCAGGGAGAAGUGUGCCCCCAUCAUGAAGCAGUUCAGCUACACCUGGCCCGACUCGCUCAACUGCUCCAAGCUGCCCACCAGGAAUGACCCCAACGCCCUGUGCAUGGAGGCCCCCGAGAACGAAACCAGGACGGAGGGUAAGAAGGGUCAGGGGAUGCUCCCGGUGCCCCACAGGCCACGGCAGCCGGGUGCCAGCGGGGCCCGCUCUCCGGGCGCUGUGGGCUCCUGUGAAAACCCAGAUAAGUUCCAGUUCGUGGAGAAGAGCCAGUCCUGCGCCCCCCGCUGCUCGCCGGCCGUGGACGUCUACUGGUCCAGGCAGGACAAGGACUUCGCCUUCAUCUGGGUGACCGUGUGGUCCAUCCUGUGUUUUGUGUCCACCGCGUUCACUGUUCUGACCUUCCUCCUUGAGCCCCACCGCUUCCAGUACCCCGAGAGGCCCAUCAUAUUCCUCUCCAUGUGUUACAACGUCUACUCCGUGGCCUUCAUCAUCCGUUCAGUGGCGGGCCCAGAGAACAUCGCCUGCGACCGGGAGAACGGGGAGCUCUAUAUCAUCCAGGAGGGUCUGGAGUCAACUGGGUGCACCAUAGUCUUCCUCAUCCUUUACUACUUUGGGAUGGCGUCUUCGAUCUGGUGGGUCAUCCUCACCCUCACCUGGUUCCUGGCUGCGGGGAAGAAGUGGGGUCACGAGGCCAUUGAAGCCCACAGCAACUACUUCCACAUGGCCGCCUGGGGCAUCCCCGCUCUCAAGACUAUCAUCAUCCUCACCAUGAGGAAGGUUGCCGGAGACGAGCUGACGGGGCUGUGCUACGUGGGCAGCAUGGACUCGGGGGCGCUCACUGGCUUCGUCCUCAUCCCGCUGUCGUGCUACCUGAUCAUCGGCACGUCCUUCAUCCUCACGGGCUUCGUCGCCCUCUUCCACAUCCGCAAGGUCAUGAAGACGGAGGGCACCAACACGGAGAAGCUGGAGAAGCUCAUGGUGAAGAUCGGCAUCUACUCCAUCCUUUACACGGUGCCGGCCACUUGCGUCAUCGUCUGCUACUUCUACGAGCGGCUCAACAUGGACUACUGGAAGCUGAGGGGCCUCCAGACGAAGUGCGGCUCCUUCGGGGGCCCCGCCGACGACUGCUCGCUGCAGACGUCCGUGCCCACGGUGGCCGUGUUCAUGCUGAAGAUCUUCAUGUCGCUGGUGGUGGGGAUCACCAGUGGGGUGUGGGUGUGGAGCUCCAAGACCCUGCAGACCUGGCAGGGCCUGUGCAGCAGGAAGCUGGCGGACAGGACUAGUGUGAGGAAGCCCUGCGGCGGCGUGAACUGCGGCAGCACGCACUGCCACUACAAACCCCCUGCUGUGGUUCUGCACAUGGCCAAGACUGACCCACACUCAGACAGCCCCACACAUGUCUGACAGGAAAACACUCGCACACACAUCGCGCGCCCUGCUUGAGGAGCUGCUUGAACUGAAUUGUUGGGUACUUCUCUGCUGCUGCUGAAGGGCACACAGGUAUCUAUGAACAGUAUUCAAUCAGUACAUAAAGGGAAAUGUUCGGUAUUGUUCCCCCCCGUAUUUUCUUGUUCAUGCUGUUUUCCAGUUUUGCAAAGCGAAAAUAUAUCAAUGUGUAUGCUUAUACUGUUUAAAUGGGAGGAUGUUGGGAAAUAUUUGUGUAUUUUCCUCUCUGAGUGUCAUGGUUAUCUGUAUAAAUCUGUAAAAAAAUGGUUUAUUUAUUGUAAAUAUAUUUAAUUUAAAAGCCCAUCUUGGCUCUCACAGGAGUUGUUUAGUUACAUGCUUCAAAAGGUAAGGGAAAUUAAGUGCCUUUUAUAAGAAAAUUUGGCUUUUUUGCAGGAGGAAUGUGGGAGAGGUUAAUAAAUCUGUGGAGUUCAUGUAAAA